AUGGGUUCCGAGUCCUUUGCUGGAUGCCUUACUGUAUUUCUCUUGUCAGUCUUUUUCAGGAAGCUCUUCUUCUUGCAAAUGGUAGGACUGGUACUAACCUACAACUUCACUGACUGCAAUAUUUUAAAGAUUAAAAUGGAUUAUCAGAACAUCAUUGAUAAAGCCCUGAAGGAAUACAUAAAUAAGACCAAGAGCUGGAAGUUCUAUCAGGCUCCGAGCUGUGAGGACCCGCCCAGCUGCCUGCGACUGAUCCAGCGCCUGACCUUCACCCCAGCCGGCGGCUGCGAGUCCCUGACCCACGGAGCGCUGGCCGAGAGCACCAGGGCUUCUCUCUCCAGCAACUGCCCGGGCUACGCGGGCGCGCAGAUAAAUAAUACCCAAGCAAAGAAGAAAAGAGAAGUCACAAGAAAGUGCCUGGAACAGUUCUCAUACUUAGUACAAAUCUGGCGUCAUUUCAGCCGGUGUUCCUCUCAACCGAGAAAUAAAUCCUGAUUUUAACUAUAUUCCUCCCUGCCCCCGCCCCUCAAAAAUAACAAGCAUCUUUAUUAGGUAGAUGGAACAUUAGUUUAACUGUGACAUGUAAAGGACCAUAAAUAGCUAUUUUUAAAUUACAGAGUGUAUUUUAAAAUUUAUUUUUGUAAGCCUUUAUUGUAUUAAGUAAGUUUUGGAGGUAAGCAUCUCCAAUUGUGGGAGAGAAUGCUCUAGAAUUGGAUGCAGGGCCCUGGCCUUGUGGCAGUAAUUCCCAGUUUAGAUUCAUAAGCCUUAUUUUCAGGGAAGAGUCCAAAAUAGAGUAAGAAGAAAAGAGUAUGUUGUCUUUGUUUCUAAAGAGUAUGUAAGAGUAUUUCAAAAGCAGGCAUUUGUUCAUGUGUUCCAACUCUUCAAGCUUUCU